UGAAUAGAGGUGCGACCAAUAGAAAAGUGUUUUAGCUGGCGCUUCCGGGUUGUGCUACGAGGCAAGAGGACAAACAAGGAUUUUUAAAACAACAAGUUACGUCACAUGUAGCCAGUGAUUCGGCCAAUGACUAUGCUAGAGGACCCGAAAACUUGGAAGGCAAUCUCCCAAGUUCAUGAACACACCACGUGAGUCCGGAAAGGAAGGCGGAGCUAGUCUGAAAAACCAAUGAAAGCAUAAGUAGGCGGGUUCACGUGCGUGCAGGAGGCGGAGCUAGUUCACCCGGGCCAAUGAGAACACAAAGCGCUGGGCUGUAGUUAAGCGCGCGAGGCAGACAAAUGGUGGACGCGGUGCUGUUCGAGUUUCUACACACGGAGAUGGUGGCGGAGUUGUGGGCACACGAAGCCGACCCCGAUCCCGGGCCCGGGGAACAGAAGAUGAACCUGCUGGUGCUGGAGAGCAUGGGCUUCCGUGUGGGCCAAGCCCUGGGUGAGAGGCUGCCCCGGGAGACGCUGGCCCUCAGGGAGGAGCUGGACGUCCUCAAGUUCCUGUGCAAAGACCUGUGGGUGGCCGUGUUUCAAAAGCAGAUGGACAGCCUCCGCACCAACCACCAGGCUCUGCUCUGUCCCCAGGGGACCUACGUCCUUCAGGACAGCAGCUUCCCCCUGCUCGUCCGGAUGGCCUCGGGCCUGCAGUACGUGGAGGAAGCACCCAAGUUCCUGGCCUUCACCUGCGGCCUCCUCCGUGGCACCCUCAGCACACUGGGCAUCAAGAGCCUGGUCACCGCCUCCGUGGCAGCCCUGCCAGCCUGCAGGUUCCAGGUGGUGGUCCAGAGAUCCUGAUGGGCCCGGGCCCACGGCCCCCGCCGGGUCUCACCCAGGGCUGCCAGGGAACCCCCAGCCCUAGGGAUAGCAAGCAGGGGAGGCGGGGGCAUCCGGGGCAGGGUGGUCCCAGCCACCCUGGGGCCUGGUGUGGAGAGAUCCAGGUUGGGCACAUCACUCAGCAGCGCAGAUGCUCAAUAAAGGUUCUAUCUGGAGAUGAGUUC